AUGAAAGAUUGGUAAUUAUGGGCAGAGAACUAACAAAUGUAAUUCAUCCUUAAUCACACAAUAGUCUCAAUCCUGAAGAACUACCUCCCUUGCACUCCCAAGGAUCAAAAAAACAAGAGUGCUUUCAAAUUGUUCAAGCUUGA